CUAAACAUAUCAGUGGAAAAAGUGAAUCUAAUCCUGAAAAUAAAUUAAUUAACUUACCGAAUACUGAUGUCUUCAAUAAUAAAGAUGUAGAUGUGAAGAGUAAGAACAUAAAGAAAUUGUAAAGAAUCUGCGUAUUCAACGCACACAACGUCAAUCCAUCCGCGUGUAUCCUGGGAAUUAAAAACGACCAAAAGUUCCCCUGGUCUUUGACUGAGCAUCCGCGGAGGUCUAACUCGUGGUACAUCAGAUUCAGUCUUAUGGACACUUCCUCGGAAUCAAGGAGAUAUCAUUCUACGCACUUGUCUGCUUCAAGAAUUAAAGCAACAUCCUCAAGUCUGCCCAUAGUGGCUCUGCAGAAGUAUUGAUCUUCAUGAUCUCUGUGCUGAUCAGCUUAGAAUCCACGCAGCUUGACAGGCAUUUUAACUCAUGCCGUUUUCCUUCAGCUGUUUUUGAAUCUCGAGUAAUAAGUCUCAAGUGUACGCACAGAGGGUGUUCAUAUAUGUUUAGCACGGAUCAAAAAAUGAAACAGCAUGCAUCUUGUCAUGCGGAGUCCCAAAGUGAAAGUUAUUUCAAGUGUAACGUAUGUCAAAAUUUAAAAUAUUCCAAAUGGAGACUGUGUAGUUUACACUUAUGGAAAUCUCAUCAGACUGAUAUUGACCUUUUAACCUGUAAAAUUUGUAAAGUAUAUAAGAAUGCUACUAUGGUAAAAAUGAUGACACACAUGAAAGUGCAUAAUAACAGCAGGGAGUACGAAUGUCUUGAUUGUGGUAAAUGUUUUAAACAGUCCAGUCAAUUGCGGAAUCACCGCAUUAUGCAUCUGGAUCGUAAAGCUAUAGAGGAACCACGCUGGUAUACAUCGAAAAUAUGUGAAAUAUGUGGUAAAACAUAUGCAGAUUCUAAGUGCCUAAAAAAUCAUAUACAAGCCGUGCAUUCAAAGCUACGACCUUACAUUUGUAAUGUGUGUGGUCAUUCAAGUGCCAGAAAAGCUAUGCUGGAAAUGCAUUUGCGACAGCAUACAGGCGAUAAGCCAUUCAAUUGUGAAUUAUGCGAAUAUAAGACAGGAGAUCAUAACUCAUUACGCCGUCACUUUAUGAGACAUACAGGUGUUAGACCAUACAAAUGUCCACACUGCCCAUAUUCUGCAAUCCAGAGUAAUAGCUACAAGAAUCACUUAAAAUCUAAACAUCCGUUACUCUCAGGUGUGUUUUCCUGUGAUUUUUGUCCAUUCCAAACAGUCAAAAAGGAAAGUUAUGUACAGCAUGUAAGCGAUCAUGAUAGAGGUGUUAUCAAAGCGUCCGCUGCAAGAAAAGACGAAGAAAGUGUUGAAGUCUUCCCAGGAAAUAUAGCAGCGGCGCAGUUAAUUUAUAGUUGCUUAGGUGCAUUUUCUAAAGUAGGAAAGACAAUAGAAGCUAACUUGAUGUCAUCUUCUACAUCUGCAGAUGGUACUUCCCAGACGAUUACAAUACAAAUUCCAUCUAAACAUCUAGAAGGAUCAUUACCAUCGACGGAAACAUCAGUAAGAUCUCUUUCACAAAUAGAACAAGAAGAUAAGGAAACCAUGCGCUAUUUUUUGCAAAUUCCUAGACAAGAAGAAGAAAGCAUUGAUACAGGUGGUAUAACGAUACCUGCAGACGCAGAAAAAAGUAAUGCUUCUCAGAUUCAUACUACAAUCUGAAUUAUCAAAAGUAUGUAACGGAUGUAUUAGGAAAUCGUGCUCACAUAAAUGAAUUAUGGAAGUUAGCUGUGGAGAAGGUGAUGAAAAAAGGGAGGUUUCUCGGGAAAAUUUGACGCCCUGGGCAAAAGUUCUCUCGUACGCCCUUCAUAUACCCGCCUUCCUACAUAAAUUAGGUUUUAUUUCUAAAGUAAAAAUUAUGUACAAAAAUGGAAUGAAUUAACAAUAAAACGUAAUAAUUUGUUUAAAUAAA